AUGGAUAUGAUAAAGUACGAAAAGCCUGCUAUUACUGGUAGAAUUUCCCGGUGGAAAAUGUUGUUGACCGAGUAUGAUAUUCAGUAUGUGACCCAGAAAGCGAUAAAUGGGAGUGUUCUGUCUGACUACCUUGCUCAUCUACCUGUCGAAGGUUAUCAUCCGUUGAGGUUUGACUUUCCGGACAAAGACAUUAUGUUUAUCAGAGACUUAACUAUGCCAGGCUCCGAGAUAAGCCCUGAGGAAGGCCCUGAACCAGGAUUGCGAUGGACGCUCAUGUUCUACGGUGCUUCCAAUGCUCGAGGCUAUGGCAUAGGUGCUGUUAUCACUUCUCCAACCAGUUUCCACCUUCCAUUUACUGCUAGACUAUGUUUUUCCUUCACCAAUAAUAUGGCAGAAUAUGAAGCAUGUAUCUACGGUUUGGAGGCGGCCAUCGAUUUAAGGAUCAAGAUUCUUGAAGUAUACGAUGAUUCAACUUUGGUAAUAAGUCUGGUAAAAAGUGACUGGGAGACUCGGGAUAGCAAUUUGAUACCUUACAAGGAGUAUAUUGGAAAGCUGGUACCCUACUUUGUUGAAAUAUCUUUUCAUCAUAUUCCUAGGGAAGAAAAUCAGUUAGCAGAUGCUCUAGCUAUGUUGGCAUCUAUGUUCAAAGUCAAAUGGAAGAAUGAAUCGCCAGCUAUCCAUAUGAACCACUUAGAUGAACCAGCAUGUUGUCUAGCAAUCGAGGUUGAUCCUAAUGAUAAGCCUUGGUUCUACGACAUAAAGACAUUUAUGGAGAAACGGAAAUAUCCCGAGGGUAUAUCCAUUACUGAUGAGAAGGCUCUGAGAAGACUCUCUUCCAAGUUCUUCCUAAACGCUGAUGUGUUAUACAAGCGAAAUUAUGAUUUUGUACUGCUCAGAUGCGUGGAUAGACACGACGCUAGUACGAUCAUAAAAUACAUAUAUGAAGGUUGCGAGGGUGUACAUGCAAAAGGUCCUGCUAUGGCCAAGAAGAUCCUCCAGGAUGGGUAUUACUGGACGACAAUGGAGGAUGAUUGUUACGACUUUGUUAGAAGAUGUCACAAAUGUCAGAUAUAUGGUGACAAGAUCUUUGUGCCACCGACUCCCUUGAAUGUUUUAACUUAA